UCCCGGAAGCGGGUCUGGGCGGAUGUCUACUGCGCGUCCGUGUGCGGGGCUGAGGGCCGCGGUGGCGGCCGGCAUGGGGCUGAGCGACGGGCCGGCGGGCUCUGGCCGCAGCUGCCUCCUUCUACGUCCGCCCGCGCCCGCUCCGGCAGUCCCGGGGGCCCGGCUGUUGCGGCUUCCGGGGAGCGGGGCCGUGCAGGCCGCAAGCCCCGAGCGCUCCGGUUGGACCGAGGCGCUGCGGGCCGCCGUGGCCGAGCUGCGCGCCGGCGCCGUGGUGGCGGUCCCGACCGACACGCUGUAUGGUCUGGCCUGCUCGGCGAGCUGCUCGGCGGCCCUGGGCUGCGUGUAUCGCCUCAAGGGCCGCAGUGAGGCCAAGCCGCUGGCCGUGUGCCUGGGCCGCGUGGCCGACGUCUACAGGUACUGCCAGGUGAGCGUACCCAAGGAGCUCCUGGAGGACCUGUUGCCAGGACCAGUGACCCUGGUGAUGCAGCGCUCCGAGGAGCUCAACAAAGACCUGAACCCCUUUACUCCUCUUGUUGGCAUCCGGAUUCCCAACCAUGCCUUCAUGCAGGACUUGGCCCAAAUGUUUGGGGGACCACUUGCACUCACCAGUGCCAAUCUCAGCUCCCAGGCCAGCUCCCUGAGUGUUGAGGAGUUCCAAGACCUCUGGCCUCACUUGUCCUUGGUCAUUGAUGGCGGGCCAAUUGGGGAUAGUCAGAGCCCUGAGUGCCGCCUCGGCUCUACUGUGGUUGACUUAUCUGAGCCUGGAAAGUUUGCCAUUAUUCGCCCGGGCUGUGCCCUGGAAACCACUACAGCCAUCCUCCAACAGAAAUAUGGGCUGCUUCCUUCUCAGGGGUCCUGUUCAUGAAACUUGGGAGGACCCAAGGACCAUGCUGGAUACUAUGUGUCUGCUAACUGGUUGGCAAGGCCUCAUUGGCAGAGGCUCCUGGAGCUACACCGGUAGCCUGGCUUUUUAGGGAACAUCUCUCCGAACACUGUAGGCCAGAAGCUGCAGGUUGAGCCUUGUAGAAUCAUAUAUCAACCAAAAAUUGAACGAAGGUAUGAACAUUCUUAGAGCAACCUUAUUAUUUUAAGGCCUCACUUUCUAAGUUGACAGUAAAUUGAGUGCAGAACUAGACUGUACUAAGAGUUGUUUCUGGAGACAGUGGCACUUCGUGUCAGGCCAGCUAGAAGCACUAGUGCAGUCUAGAAGUCUCAGGACCAAUGCAGGAAAGUCAAGGAGCCCAAGACAGCUUUCCUGGGUACCAGAGAGGGGUCAUUUUAGGGAAGUUAUCCUAGGGGGUCCCAUGUGAAAUAAUACUGGAAAAGAAAAUCUUGACUGUUUUCGGCCAGUGACUUUCUUAUUUAUUGAUAAAUUAAAUCAUAUAGUUCUUUGUGUAAUCUAUUUAGCUUCACUGUUUCCUCAGAAGCCUUUUCUCUUUGUUCAUAGGUGUGCCAAGUAGUCUACAUAAUUAUUUUUGAGUAUUUAAGCUGUAUUUUUCUUUAUUAUUAAAAAAUGCUGCUGCAAA